AUCUCGAGGGCGAGGAGAGGGAGCCGGGGGACGGGCAUCCCCUCAGGAUCCGAGACAAGUACUGGGAGGGGUCCCAGGCACGCCACCGGGAGAGGGUGACGAAGCGGAAGGCCAGGGACUCGGAGCAGGUCGAGGGGCCGUAUCCGCUGGAGAAGAAGCCCAAGUGUUUGGAGAUCCCGGCGAGGGCGGAGACGAAGGAGAAAGAGAUCCCCCAAAAGGAAAGGAGGGACCCCUGGAAGGACUACUAUUUGGAGCAGCGUGUCCGGUCGCCCAAGGUCAGAUUCAGUAUCUGCCCGAGAGCUGGCCGUUCAUCUCUGUGUUCUGCCAACUCGGUCAGUGUCAUUAACGAACUGGCGAAGAUGGGCGACCCGCUGGUCCUGGAAAUGGUGCGGGAGGAAGAAAGAAGAACCAGUAGGACUGCAGACUUUGGUUCUGAAACAAAUGAGCAGAGCCUGAGCAGCAGAGAGACCAGCUUCCUCAUCAGUGAAGAUUCAACGCCUGCAAAGAGAUACAAUUUGUUCCUGAUGCGACGUCUUAUGUUUAAAAAAGAUAAACAGAGCAAGGACUCUAUCUUCUUCCGAGAUGGGAUCAGGCAAAUUGACUUUGUGCUUUCCUAUGUUGACGAAGUAAAGAAAGAAGCAGAAAUAAAGGCGGAAAGAAGAAAAGAGUUUGAACAGAAUCUCAGAAAAACAGGUCUUGAGUUGGAAAUUGAAGACAAAAUGAACUCUGAAGAUGGAAAAACUUACUUUGUCAAGAUCCAUGCCCCUUGGGAGGUGUUAGUUACUUACGCGGAAGUGUUGGGAAUGAAAAUGCCUAUCAAGGAGAGUGAUUCUCUCCCACCCGAGAAGCUCCCCUUUUCCUGCAUGCUUGGGCCUUUGAAGCUCGCGAGGGGAGUGAAGCAUCCUCAUCCUGAGUAUUACACUGCCCAGUUCUCCAGACAUCGCCAGGAACUCUUCCUCAUUGAUGACCAGUCCAGCUUCUUUCCAUCCUCAUCAAGAAACAGAAUUGUUUAUUAUAUUCUCUCGCGAUGUCCUUUUGCCAUAGAAGAUGGGAAGAAAAAGUUUGGGAUUGAAAGACUGCUAACUUCUCACACUUAUUCAUCUGCGUAUCCACUCCAUGAUGGUCAGUAUUGGAAGCCAUCAGAACCACCUAAUCCUGUCAAUGAAAGGUACACACUUUUCCAGAAUUGGGCUCGGUUUUCCUAUUUUUAUAAGGAGCAGCCUUUAGACUUGAUUAGGAAUUAUUAUGGAGAAAAAAUUGGCAUGUAUUUUGUCUUUCUCGGAUUUUACACAGAGAUGCUGUUCGUUGCUGCUGUAGUUGGCUUAGCUUGUUUUAUUUAUGGCUUAUUCUCAAUGAACAGUAGCCCAACCAGCAAUGAAAUCUGUGACCCCGAAGUUGGAGGUCAGAUUAUCAUGUGCCCACUCUGUGAUGCAGUGUGUGAUUAUUGGAGACUAAAUUCUACAUGUCUAGCUUCAAAAUUCUCUUAUUUAUUUGAUAAUGAGUCAACAGUGUUCUUUGCAAUAUUCAUGGGAAUUUGGGUCACAUUGUUUUUGGAGUUUUGGAAACAGCGUCAGGCCCGACUGGAAUAUGAGUGGGACCUGGUGGACUUUGAGGAGGAACAGCAGCAGCUUCAGCUGAGACCUGAAUUUGAAGCUAUGUGUAAACACAGGAAAAUGAAUCCCGUGACUAAGGAGAUGGAACCUUAUAUGCCUCUACAAAGCCGGAUUCCAUGGUACUUUUUAUCUGGAGCCACAGUGACAUUAUGGAUGGCUCUUGUCAUUGCGUGCAUGGUAGCUGUGAUUGUAUACCGCUUGUCAGUCUUUGCUACCUUUGCCAGCUUCGUGGAAAGUGACGCAUCCUUAAAGCAGGUCAAAAGUUUCCUCACUCCACAGAUAACCACAGCACUCUCUGGAUCAUGCUUGAACUUCAUUGUCAUCUUGAUCUUGAAUUUCUUUUAUGAAAAGAUAUCUGCCUGGAUUACAAAGAUGGAAAUUCCUCGAACUUACCAGGAGUAUGAAAGCAGUCUGACCUUGAAAAUGUUCCUGUUUCAGUUUGUAAAUUUUUACUCGUCCUGCUUCUACGUAGCUUUCUUUAAAGGGAAGUUUGUGGGCUAUCCUGGAAAGUACACGUAUUUGUUUAAUGUGUGGAGAAGUGAAGAGUGUGACCCUGCAGGCUGUCUAAUAGAAUUGACAACCCAGUUGACCAUCAUAAUGACCGGGAAACAGAUCUUUGGAAACAUUCAAGAAGCCAUUUAUCCCUUGACUCUGAAUUGGUGGAGACGCCGAAAAGCUCGGACUAACUCUGAAAAGUUAUAUAGUCGAUGGGAGCAGGAUCAUGACCUUGAAACUUUUGGAUCUCUUGGGCUAUUUUAUGAAUACUUAGAGACAGUUAUCCAAUUUGGAUUUGUUACAUUAUUUGUGGCCUCUUUUCCUUUGGCUCCUCUUCUUGCUCUCAUGAAUAAUAUUAUAGAGAUCCGAGUGGAUGCCUGGAAACUUACUACUCAGUACAGGAGACCGGUAGCUGCCAAAGCUCAUUGCAUAGGUGUUUGGCAAGACAUUCUUUAUGCAAUGGCUGUCCUCUCUGUUGCAACUAAUGCUUUCAUUGUUGCAUAUACAUCGGACAUCAUUCCCCGUUUAGUUUACUACUAUGCUUACUCAACAAAUGCUACUGAUCCGUUUAAAGGAUAUGUCAAUAACAGCCUGUCAAUGUUCCUGGUAGCUGAUUUACCGAACAACACUGCACCUUCAGAAAAACGAGACUUCACCACAUGCAGGUAUAGAGAUUACAGAAACCCUCCUGAUCACGAACAAAAAUACUUUCAUAAUAUGCAGUUCUGGCAUGUCCUCGCUGCCAAAAUGACCUUCAUCAUAGUCAUGGAGCACAUUGUGUUUUUGGUUAAAUUUUUGUUGGCUUGGAUGAUCCCCGAUGUUCCGAAAGAUGUUCUGGAGAGAAUCAAGCGAGAAAAGCUAAUGACAGUCAAGAUUAUCCAUGACUUUGAGCUUAAAAAAUUAAAAGAGAACUUGAUGGUUGAUUCUAGUGAAUUUGCCAAGGAAGUCAUACUUCGGGAGAACAAAGUGCAGCUGGCUAACUGAGCGGUCUAGUCAUCAAGACGAGUGAGGAGCUGGGAGCCUGCCGGCUUCCAUUUGCCCUGGGUUAGGGCCAGAGGCCAGAAGCCAGGCGUCAGUUUUACCCUGUCUCCUUCUUCUUCGUUUUUCUUUUUUCAACUCAAAGUUUUUGUAAAGUUUUGCAGAGGCCAACUUUGUGAGGUCGGAAGAGUACCACUUGUCUGCUCCAUGGCUGGGCCCCCCCCUUAGAUAUUGUUUUCUGGGAUUCUGUAAAUAAUUGUUUAAAGUGCAUGUGGAAUCAAAAUAGAGAAAAUCAUGGACUGUUGCAGUUUAUAAUCCAACAUUGGCCUCAGGCUGCCCCAGAGCCCCAUGCACCUGCACAUUCCCAUGGUCUUCUGCUGGCUGGUUUUACGUCUCUUUCCCAUCAAGAAAAAUGUUGGCACAAAAAGAAAAGAAGUGAAGGGCCCUAAAGGGCCACAUUUAUCCUGCCAUUUUAGACUAUGCAAAUAAAAACCCAAAAUCAGAUGACAUAAAAAAAAACCUCACAUUUUAAACAUAUCGGGUAAAUAUCAUGGCGAGGGUGUGUUUCUGAAAGUGUCCUGAAUGAGUUACGCUUCCAUCAGAAUCCCAGAUAGUCUCUCCAGGUAAAUGCAAAAUUGAUUUUUCAGGAGACCGAACAUGUGUGUUUCAACAAAGGACUAACAACUCACUUCUUUAGAGAUAAUGUUUUGGUAAAAAUAGGUUGAAAACUGAGUUAUCUUAUCUGGAAAAGAGCAUUAAGAAGUUCUGAGAUUGCUUAAGGACUUCAAGUAAAUGAAAGAUAUUUUAGAGCCCUAAAUGUCUAGUCUUAGCAGUUAAGAAAUGCAAGACAGUGUAUAUUGAUUAACUUAUUGACCUUAAUAUAAAAAUUGUUGAAUUAUUUUAAAAAAUUAUUUGUCUUCCACAGUGCCUUUUUUGCAUCAUGAAGCUUGUUUGAGCAUUAGCUAUUUCUGUAAGUUAGGUACAGGUUGUUUAUGAAAUUUGAUUUUUUUUUUGUCGUUGUUUAAAACAACUUCCAAUCUUUUAAUGUGUUUAUAAUCUUUUGUAUUGAUUCAUCCCUUUAUACGAUGCUCCAUGCCUUGUCCCUAUGUCUCUGAUGCACAGUGGUAUGGUUGGCUGUUGAUCUGAUGUGAUGUAGCAUCUGAAAUGUAAGCCUGCUUUAGAGAAAUUGUUGGUUUCACAUCAAUCACAGAGUUAAACACCAGAAGUCGAUCAACUAAGUAAGAAUGAGGUGGUGGAUUUGAUAGCUAAGUUAAAAAAAAAAAGUUGAAUAUUUCUCAUAUACUUAGGUCUAUUACACAUGUAUGCUAAUUCUUAUUCUUCUUUCCCUUAAA